AUUAUGGAAAACAAAAACACGAAAUACCACCACAAAGAGCACUACCACACACAGCGGAGAGGAGGAGGAGCAGUAAGUUAGUGGCUUUGUCAUAGUUUUUGGAUGUAGAGUUGACGACGCUUUAAGCCAAAUCUGCGUUUUAGUCAAGUUCAAGUUCUGAAGGGAAGAAGUGUUGUGUUGUCUGUCGAAAUUUUCGGGCCAAAAGCGUGCGUCGUUUUUCACCAAAAAACUUACCCACACAUACAUACACACACAAGCCGCUUAGUAUGUCAUGUUGAUACGCCAUCAAAACGGGCCGUAGAACAUCGUUGUUUUGACGGAUUGAAUUUAUUUAUAAUAACCACAAAUAGCUUACAAAAUGUUGUGGAAAAUAAUAUUGAUAUAUUUUGUGACAAGCCAGAAUCGACAGAUUUUUGUUUAUGGCGCCAAUUUGUUGGAUAGCUACUUGCCAGCAUCUAUGCAAGCUUUAGCCUACUACAUUGAUCACUUGCAAUACGAACCGAUAUCGUCGACAACGGUGGAGCCACCAUUUAUGGCAAAUGACAAGCUGAACAGAUCUUCAACGACAACAACAACACCAAGACCAAUUACCACCAGCAAACCGCAACCAACAACGACAGGUUGGUGGAUUCCUCCAGCUUGGUGGGGCGGUGGUAUUGGAGCCCUUACGACCACAGAGAAACCAACAAAUCCUCCCACCCCACCACACAAACCUGCCCUUUAUGCCCCCGAAACGCCCAUAAAACUUAAACAUGAACCCGAGGGUUAUGAAAUAUUCUAUGAAAUGGCCGAAAAACCCGAUGGUCUGGCAAAUCUUCCGCUAUCUCUGAUACGCGACAUAAUAACCGAACCAAAUCAUGAUGAUUUUAACAAUGAUGUGGAGUCACUGGAUAAUUUUCUACGCCUAUACGAUGAUAACUAUGGACGUGCCACCAUUGAUGCCGAUACAGCCAUGGAUCGUUGGUCCACCACCUCCACGGCUGGCAAGAAACGUGUACCACCCACCAAACCCUAUGUGGAAUUUUUAUUGGUCUACGAUUUGCUGAAACGUGAUGCCAAAUCUUCCAAUCUCAGCAAAUAUGAGGGGUAUUCCGACAAUCUGCUGCAGGAUCUGAAUGAACUCUCCAAAAUGUCCUCGGCCCGUCAAUUGCACACACUAUUUCAACGCAUGCUCGAUCGUCGUGACAUACAACGCAGUGAUGUGGUCUCUCGCAUUCAGGGUUUGGUCAACGAUCUGGGCAAUCCGGAUAGCCCCACUGUCAAAGCUCUACAAUUUAUACCAGCCAUGCCAUUUUUACCGUGAAUUUUCUACAAUUUAAGAAGUUUUUUUAAAUAUUAUUUUAAUUUUUUUU